AGGAGUACUUUGAAUGUUGUUUCUGAAAAUAAGGGAAGAUAAUAUGUUUUAUGGAAUAACAUUUAAAUUUCCAUGAAAGGAGGGAAUGGAGGAAGGGAGGAAUUUAUAUAUAUAUAUUAUUGGUAAAUAUUACUGUUUACUAAGAAAGAUUAUUGUAUUAUAUUUUAGAAAAUCUUUGGCAGUAUAUGUCAAGUUUUGACACAGUCGAGAAGUACUCAGCAUUCAAGAAACAGAAAGCCCAAGUUGCUAAAAGCCCAGUUUGCUCCUUCAAUAAAUGGGAUCCUUUAGAAGAAGUGAUCGUCAGACGAGUUGAGAAUGCCACCGUUCCAGAAUUAACGCCAGAAAUCCAGGCUGUCGUCCCCGAAAACGUUGGAAUUUUUUUAAAGAGAACACAUGAGGAAGGCUUCGUUAGAGAUUGCGGAGUUUUGCCGAAUUUUUGAACACGAAAGAGUGAAGGUUCAACGACCCUAUGUACUUGAUCAUUUGAAAUCGUAUUCCUCGCCUGAUUUCAGCUCGACAGGAUUGUAUUCAGCAAUGCCACGUGAUCUUCUGCUUGUGGUUGGUGAGGAAAUCAUUGAAAGUCCAAUGGCAUGGAGAUGUUGUUUCUUUGAGUAUCGUGCAUACUGCCGUUUGAUGAAAGAAUAUUUCAGAGAGGGCGCCAAGUGGACAACAGCCCCUAAACCACAAAUGAGCGAUGAGCUUUAUGACAUGGGUUAUAUUGGAUCCCAUGAGAGACUAGAAUUGCCAGCUAGAGGUCAAUUUGUGACGACAGAAUUUGAACCUUGCUUCGAUGCUGGUGAUUUUCAAUGUGCUGGAAAGGACAUUUUUGCCAGUUAAGUCAUAUCACCCGAUGUGGCUUUCUUCAACAUGGCUGUCAAUGAAUGUUCUGAUGUUGGACCAUAACCGGGUGGUUGUAGAUGCAAACGAAAUUCCUACGCAAAGACUUUUCGAGAAACUUGGUAUGGAAUAUGCAUCAAGGUUGAUUUGCGUUUCGCUGGUUCUCUAGGAGGUGGCAGUCAUUGCUGGACUUGUGACGUCAGAUGAAACGGUUCUUUAGAAUCAUAUUUCUAAAAUCUUCACUAUAUUUAUACUAUUGGAUAUAAUUAAUUGUAUUUUAUUUAAUACUUUGAGAAUAUAAUAUGAAAUAAAUAAUAUAUUGAAUGGUUGACCUCUGGUAAUUUGUACUUAUAUUUGUGAAGCUUAAUUACAUUACACACACUUUAUCACAAAUAAUAAACAGGACUAUAUAUUUUGUUUUAACUAUUAAAAAUAUUUGCACACACAAAAGUAAACAAAUAAAUAUUGCAAGUUAGUUACUUGUU